UGGAGAGCUUUUUAACCAUUACAAAACCUGAAGCAAGUUUCAUCCUCCCCAGGAUUUGCAAUUUUCAUGUUUGAGAGUGCACAAAGAGUGCAGAAGCUGGAAUGGGGGACAAGCUGCAUUUUUGGACCACGUUCUUUACAACGACUUUAUGCCUCGUGUUUCUGCUCUACCCGCCCUGGAACUAUGCAAAGAAGCGCUGGAGAAGACAACUGAAGGCUUCACCGCUGAAGCUGGUGGAGAAAUACGACGACUAUGAGGACUCUCUUCAUCCCCACAGUAUACACUACCAGAAGAAUGAUCAGUGCCCACCACCAUCGCAGACCUUACCAGAACGAGCAUGUGAAGUGCCCAGCUGCCGAUCAGACUCAGAGUGCGAGAAACACAAACGUUGUUGCUACAAUGGAUGCAUCUAUGCCUGCUUAGAAUCGGUGCCACCACCCCCAGUUUUAGAUUGGCUGAUUCAGCCCAAACCCCGUUGGUUGGGUGGAAAUGGCUGGCUACUGGAUGGACCGGAGGAAGUUCUACAAGCUGAAACAUGCAGCACCACUGAGGAUGGGGACGACCCACUGCAUUGUCCAACAGGAUUUGAGUGCCACAUCAUUCAUCCUGGGAAUGCUGCUGAGGGUAUCCCCAACCAGGGGCAGUGCAUCAAGCUACGCACAAACUCUGAUGGGUGGAAUCUAAGACCCAAAUACUACAAGGAGUAUUUUGGACGCAGUUCCAAUAACGUGGUGGGUUAUGUGAAGCAAACACAGAAGCACCUUGGUUAGUUCAAGCCAAGUCUUAAGGAGAAUUCUUCUGACUGGUCCUGGGUGAAGGGACAAUGAUAAUGUUGGACAGGCAAAGAAUAACCAUUACCAAGUGAAAAUAAACCAGGAGAACCUA